AUGCCGGUGACCCAUCCAGGACCUCGUGUCGCCCACAGCGUCCCCUACGAUCUUCCCUUCGAGGUCCUUGUCCACGUCUGCGCUAUCUGGCACUUGCUCGGCGCGUGCAGGUCGUCCGUUGUGCUCACGCGUGUCUGGCUCAUCGGGCUGGCGCGCUGGAGCUCAGCGGCCUGGCUUCUCGAGCUAGAGACGCGCUCGUCUUCGGCGGGCCUCCAUCCUGGCUUCUGCAUGCCUCCGCUUCUCAAGCAUCUACUCGCCUCACUCAACCGACCGCUCGCCGUGCUCCCUCGCUCCGCCGUCCCCUGCCCAAGUUCUCGCGGUUCGCAGACGGCUCGCGGUGCUACACUCCUACAUCCACUAGCUCCCUUGCUCCGAGAGGUGACGUACAUUCUGAGCAUCCUGACGAUGUGCGCUCUCGCGCUCGCGCAGCUCCCCGCGCGCCCUGUGCCACGUGCGCGCAGGAAAGGCAGGCUCAUGCACAAGCACCUCAGCCUCUGCUGGCACUGGUACGACCCCUCCGAUGCAGCAGAGCUCUGUCGACCGCUGCUUGGCCUCCGAGUGCGGACGAGCCUGCGCAGAACCUCUUUGUCGAGCUUCGUCAAUCCCUUUCUUGCGAUCUGCGCUCUGCAGCACGCCCCACAACCUCGACAUGGCCAAGACGACGUUUCAGAACACAAUAUAGGUAUCACAUGGCUCCAGACGUACGGGCACGGAUCGAGAGCAAGCGUGGGGAGUAGGGACGGGAUGUUGCGGAUGUGGACGGACGAGUGA